AUGAUCGUCGCCACAUGGAACAUAAGGGGACUGCAGCAACUCCCCACACAAGCUGCAAUCGUCGAUUUUGUGAGAACAUGCAGAAUCGACGUCAUGGGUCUUUUGGAAACGAAGUUCACGAAGGAGAACUACACCUUCUUUCUUGAGAACUACUUCAGAGAUUGGAAAGCCGUGGACAACUUCGAGAUGAUCGAAAACAGUCGGAUGCUUCUAAUCUGGAAUCCAAGCAGAGUGGAACUCGAGCCGAUCAAAGUGGAAGAACAAGCCAUCUACGCCAAAAUCAGGUGCUUGACUUCCAAUAACUCAUUUCACUUUGUCCUUGUUUAUGGUUUACACACUGUUGCGGAUAGACGACCCCUAUGGGACUCGUUAGUUGAGCAGGUGGUGCAGGAUGAACCGACACUUGUUAGCGGCGACUUCAACAACGUGCUCGCCGAUGAUGAGAGAGUAGGGGGCAUCGUACCAACCGAAUAUGAGAUAAAGAACAUGGUGGACACGUGUGCCUUGCUUGGCUUCAAUAAGCUCGUGGAGGAUAAUUGGGCUACCAACAUCCGAGGGAAGGCUCAAUAUGUACUCGCCGAACACGGGAAGGAAUUCAAGAAGCAUCUCAAGGAGUUCAACUUCAAGGAAUUCAGUGAGCUCUCAAAAAGGGCCAAGGAGGCCGGGGAAAAGCUUGAGCUGAUGCAAAAACAGGCGGACAGGGACACAUCAGACCUUGCCCUUCGGGUCCGGAUCACCAACCAGAAGAAGAAGACUGCUUAUCUUGAGAAUUCCGAAAGGGAGUAUUAUAAGCAAAAAGUCAAAUUCAAGCAUUUACUCCUCAGUGAUCGCAGUACUUCAUUCUUCCAUUCACUUGUUAAUCGGAACAACUCACGCAAUUAUAUUGCAUUCCUCUACAUGAGAGAUGGCACCAUCAUUAGGGAUCAAGAGGAAAUUAUUAGCGAGUUCGUGGACUUCUACUCGACUCUCUUGGGUACCAAGAAGGAGCCGGAUCCCAUCAAGAUGUAUAUCAUUAGGCAAGGCCCCCUUGUGAGCGAGGAGGACAGUAGGGACAUGGUGGGACCCAUCACGGCCGACGAGAUCAAAGAUGCCUUGUUCGACAUUGGGAACGACAAGGCGCCGCCCCGAUGGCUACUCCUCGGCAUUCUUCAAAAAGCAAUGGGAGCGAGUGGGCAAAGAUGUGGUUGA